CAGGAACAAAUCAAAAAAGUUUUGGUUGCUAAGCAACGUAUAAUUAUUUAUUUAUUGAUUAACGAGCGUCUAAUUUGUUGAGUUUUUUAAUCCACUUUAAAAUGCCUAAAGUGUUCAAGAAUGCGCACGAUGGCAUUCCAUACCACAACGUUCGGCACAAAAAAUUCGAGUGUGAUCCAGGGUGCUAUCAGUUACACAGGCCUUCAGACUGCCGCCUUAAGUUUCCAGUCACCAAGCGUCCAAUACACAAAUGCGAGGUGCCCGAACGGGAGUUCACCAUGGUGCCUCAGAUCGGAGGCUGGCGGGAACUCCUGGUGCCGAAGACCGAGCCCAACUUUUACCCGGCCGUCAUGCAGAAGGAAGAAUAUUUGCGACUCAAGAAGCAGGCUAGGAUAGUGUCCCAAGAGGAGCAGUUGCAAGCCAUGCACGCGCAAGAGGCGGCCAUCCAGAAAGCCGCCAAGGAGUCGGAGGCUCGAAAGCAGUUGUUGAAAGAAAAGCUACUACCUCAGCCCGGGGCAGAGACUGCGUCGGGCACGGCUGACCCGGAGUUAGAGGGGCCUGACCAGGCCGCCCACACCUUGUCCAGGGCAGAGAUGUUGAAAGCCGACAACAUGCAGGGCCCGCGGCUGUGCAACCGCAUCAUCCUGGCGUCCAAGUGCCACGCCAUCCGCGACGCGCAGAUCGCCGAGAAGGAGCUCAUCAAGAAGGAGCUGGAUGAGGAGGAGAGACGGCUGGACGCGAUAUCGGAAGAGAAUCGUCAAGCGGCCGUGGCACGCGCCGAAGCGGAGGAGGAGCGCCGUCACCAGCUGCGCCUGCAGAACCUGGCCGCGCUCAAGGAACAGAUCAAGGCGCACGAGACCGCCAAGAUAAUGGAAGCGGAGCGCAUUGAAGAGGAGAGCAUCCGGGUGAACCAGGCCAACAUAGCGAUGCAGAUCGACGAGGCGCAGAGACUCAAGGAGAAGCACGGCCGCGCCGCCAAGCUCAAGGAGAUCCUGGAUCAAGGCAACGCCGAGCUGCUCUACUACAAACAGCUCCAAAACGAAGAGGAGCGCAUCAUGGACCUGCGCAUCGCCAACUUCCUAAAGAAGAAACAGGCGCGCGAAGCCAAGGCGCGCGCCGACGCCGACGCCGUCAAGGCCGCCAAGCAGAAGGGCAUCGACCACAUCGCCAAGGCGCAGAAGGCAGAACAAGAGCUGAAGGAAGAGCUGGAAAGGAUCCGCAACCUGAAGAUCCAGGAAGAUGUGGAGCGGGAAUACCGCCGGCGCGAGCGAGACGCCGCUAUUCGCCGCAACAACGAGAUGAGACAGCUGCACGAAGCCCGCGUUCAACAGAUCCACGACAUCCACCGGCUGAUCGCGCGAGAGAUCGCGAAGGACGAGCAAAGCUUCAACAACGCGGCGCGACAGAACGAAGAGUUCAUUGCGAAGGAAAAGGCGCUGGAUGACAAACGCAAGGCUCGCGUUGAGAAGCAUCGGCAGGAGAUAAUGAAACAGAUCAACGACAAGGAAAGAGCUAGGGCGGAGCUUCGUGAGAAGAUACACAACGAAGGCGUUGCUCUGCGAAUGGAGCAGGAGCAGCAGGACAAGUACGAGCGCAAGGUCAUCAAGCAGAAGGUCGCGAUGAUGAGACAACAGAAGGUGUCCGAGAAAUACGUGAAGGAAGUGGAGCAAACCCUCGGCAAGCAUGGCUACUAACCCGUGCCUUCUAAUACUUCCAAACGACAGAUAAGAAUAAGACCUAGCUUUGAGUGUACCUAUGUACUCUUUGGGCUACAUAUUCACUUCAGAACCCUCAUACAUAUUACGCGUCCUCUAAACCAUGAUUCGAAUUCAUAUGUAGGCCCUUUAAUAACUUUUGACGUGCCUACUACACCAACACCUUAAAAUUUUCAUGGAGACUUUUAGACCCACCAUGCGUAGCACAU